UUUUCAUCCCCGAACGGGAGGAGAGCAGCGCAGAGGAGCCUGCCUGCCUGCUGCCCUGCCUGCUCUAACCACCACCACCAGCAGCCCAAGGCGAAAGAAUCCAGCCGAGCCACCGCCCUCCCUCUAUUCCUCUACUCCCUCGACCGCCUCCCCGAUCCGCGUUGCCUCGCCGUCUUCCUCUGACCCGCCGCCUGGGAGCCCCGCGGUCGGUCGGUGCGGGAAUGCGGGUUCUUGGCGCGGCGCCGCGGUGACUGGUUGGGUGGUAGCGGUAGUCGCCCCGCGCCCGCGAUGGGCUGCUUCCCGUGCUUCGUCUCGAGGCGCGAGUGCUACGGCGCCAAGGGCGGCGGCAAUGGCGCCGCCGGCGGGUGGGCGGCCGCGUCCUCGUCCGCUGCCGUCGGCGUCGGCGGCAGGGAGGAGGCGUCAGCGGCGGCGCCGCGCGUCGAGAGGAUCCCCGCAGGGGCCGACAAAGCACGGGCGAAUGGCAAUGCCGGCGCGAAGAAGGAGCUUUCGGUUCUCAAGGACGCCAACAGCAAUGUCAUCUCCGCACAGACCUUCACCUUCCGCCAGCUUGCAGCCGCGACGAGGAACUUCAGGGAUGAAUGCUUCAUUGGAGAGGGAGGGUUUGGGCGUGUUUACAAGGGCUCUCUGGACGGCACGGGGCAGGUUGUUGCUAUCAAACAGCUCAAUAGGGAUGGUAAUCAAGGAAACAAAGAAUUUCUGGUGGAAGUUCUCAUGCUCAGUUUGCUGCAUCAUCAAAACCUUGUUAAUUUGGUUGGUUAUUGUGCUGAUGGAGAUCAACGCCUUCUCGUGUAUGAGUACAUGCCCCUUGGAUCAUUGGAAGACCAUUUGCAUGAUCUCCCUCCUGACAAGGAGCACUUGGAUUGGAAUACUAGGAUGAAAAUCGCUGCAGGUGCUGCUAAAGGACUGGAGUAUCUCCAUGACAAGGCACAGCCACCAGUUAUUUACAGGGACUUCAAGUCAUCAAAUAUUCUAUUGGGCGAGGGUUUCCAUCCAAAGCUGUCAGACUUUGGUCUUGCUAAAUUGGGUCCUGUUGGUGACAAGUCUCAUGUCUCAACUCGUGUUAUGGGAACAUAUGGUUAUUGUGCUCCUGAAUACGCUAUGACAGGACAACUUACAGUUAAGUCAGAUGUUUAUAGCUUUGGAGUUGUCUUGCUUGAGUUGAUUACUGGCCGAAAGGCCAUUGACAGCACCAGACCACACGGAGAACAAAACCUUGUAUCAUGGGCACGGCCUCUUUUCAGUGACAGGCGAAAGCUCCCGAAGAUGGCUGACCCAGGGCUGGAGGGACGAUAUCCUAUGCGUGGGCUUUACCAGGCACUCGCAGUGGCGUCGAUGUGCAUUCAAUCAGAGGCUGCAUCACGUCCACUCAUCGUCGACGUUGUGACUGCUCUUUCCUACCUGGCAGCCCAGGCAUACGACCCUAACACGGCCAACAUUUCCAAAAAGGCAGGCGGGGCCGACCAGCUGAGCAGGGUUGGUGACAGCGGAAGGGUGCUCUCCAAGAACGACGAGGCAGGCAGCUCCGGCCACAGGUCAUCAAACAAGGACCGGGAUUGCUCCCCUAGGGAGCUCCCGGGGAUCACGAACAAGGACCUGGACAGGGAGCGAAUGGUGGCUGAGGCGAAGAUGUGGGGGGAGAACUGGCGGGAGAAGCAGCGCGCUGCUGCCAAUGCGCAGGGGAACCUGGAUGCUUCAACCGGAGCCGGUUAGCGUCAGGCGGGCUGUCUGGCCCGCACACGUUCUCUAUCUCAAGACUGUAUUUUUUACCUGAGUGGCGGGGAUGAAGAAACGAAUUUGCUUUCCGGGGUUGUUAGAUGUACAUUCUUAGGGGUAAAACAAAACCAAUACCGAAAAAAAAAGGAGAGAAGAGAAGCAUUGGGUGCCUGUAAAUUCUCGGAAAUUUUGCAACGGUGAAGGAUAAAUUCGAACCUCGUUCUGUCGCAUUUGUCUUUUGUUUGCCCCUCGUUCUGU